AUGGCAAUGUUCUUGCAGAUUAUUGGGCAUAGUAAGCGUCUUCGUGUGGUGAAGCGUAGAUUUCAACACUCUUCACAAACAGUUCAUGCGUGUUUUCACGAAGUGUUACGUGCAAUGAUGAAUAUGGCAAGGGAGGUAAUAGUACCCACAACAUUUGACCCAAAUCCAAACAUUUCAGCAAGUUUUAGGAGAUUAAACCGCAUUUUUAAGGGAGCAGUUGGUGCACUUGAUGGAACAUUAAUACCUGCCAUUAUUCCAAUUUCACAACAGACUAUGUAUAGGGGUAGAGGAAAGGGAGAAUGCUGGGAAGGGGUAACACAUGAUUCAAGAGUCCUAACGGAUACAGUUGCUGAUCCAAGAAAUGGGUUUCCAUGGCCUCCACCUGGUAAAUACUAUCUUUGUGAUGCUGCAUAUACACAUACUAGAGGAUUUAUGGUUCCAUAUCGUAAUGUACGAUAUUGGUUAGGAGAUUAUCGUCGUAGGCGUCCUUUAACUAAAGAAGAAAGAUUUAACCAUGCUCAUGCUCAACUAAGGAAUGUCAUCGAACGAGCUUAUGGAGUUCUGAAGAAAAGAUUUCCAAUUUUACAAAAAAUGGCCCCUUUUUCGUUUAAUGUGCAGAGAAAUAUAGUGAUUGCUUGUUUUGCGGUUCAUAAUUUUAUAAGAAAAGAGCGUAUAAGUGAUACACUUUUUGAGGAGUUUGAUCAACCUAAUAUGUCAUUUGAUGGUGCGAAUGAGGAUGAGCAAAAUCUUGUGAAUGAUGGUACAACUACUGGACCAUGGUGGGGGGAUGAAGACAUGCAAUACAUGGCAAAUGUGCGCGAUGAAAUAGCAACUCGAUUGAUGCCUGGAGGGACCAGGACCAAUUAG